AAAAAAAAAAAAAUCUUUCCUUAUAAGCCAUUCAGGAGGUCACUUUUUUUUGUUUUUUUUUUGUUCUUGUUGUUGUUUGUUUUGUUUUGUUUUUUUUUUAUUUUUAUUAUUUUUUUUAUUUUUUGAUGCGUAUCAAAUAUAUUAGGAAGGUUGCACAUGGGAAGUCGGGGAAUAAAAAUGGGGGGUGGGAGUUAAAAUAAAUGAGAGAGGGACUUUUUGUGGAUCAGUGAUAAUAACUCAAUCCCCUAUUUGACAAGAGGGAGAAGGAAGAGGAAGAAAAAGAAAGUGGGAUAAAGGAUCAGAAAGGGAGGAAAAUAGAAAAAAUUAGAGUAUGACUCCAGGGUAGACCUGUUUUGUUGUCACUGAGUUGGUUGGUUGGUUGGUUUGUCUGUUGUAUUUUUCAUGUUUCGCCAAGUUGGCCAGACUGGUCUCGAACUCCUAGCCCAAAGUGAUCAACCCGCCUCGCCCCCCAGAGUGCCGGGACCACAGGCGUGAGCCACCACAACCAGCCCCCACAUUGCUUCUGGUCUCCGUGGUAGACCUCCCAGAUGGGGCGGCCAGGCAGAGAUGCUCCUAACUUCUUCCCAGACGAUAGGUGGCCAGGCAGAGGCGCUCCUCACUUUCCAGACAAUGGGUGGCCGGGCAGAGGCGCUCCUCACUUCCCAGAUGGGGCGGCCGGGCAGAGGCGCUCCUCACUUCUUCCCGGACGGGGCGGCCGGGCAGAGGCGCUCCUCACUUCUUCCUGGACAGGGCGGCCGGGCAGAGGCGCUCCUCACUUCUUCCCGUAUGGGGCGGCCGGGCAGAGGCGCUCCUCACUUCUUCCCGGACGGGGAGGCCGGGCAGAGGCACUCCUCACUUCUUCCCGGACGGGGCGGCCGGGCAGAGGCGCUCCUCACUUCCCAGACGGGGCGGCCGGGCAGAGGCGCUCCUCACUUCCUCCCGGACGGGGCGGCCGGGCAGAGGCGCUCCUCACUUCCUCCCGGACGGGGCGGCCGGGCAGAGGCGCUCCUCACUUCCUCCCGGACGGGACGGCCGGGCAGAGGCGCUCCUCACUUCCUCCCGGACGGGGCGGCCGGGCAGAGGCGCUCCUCACUUCUUCCCGGACGGGGAGGCCGGGCAGAGGCGCUCCUCACUUCUUCCCGGACGGGGUGGCCGGGCAGAGGCGCUCCUCACUUCUUCCCGGACGGGGCGGCCGGGCAGAGGCGCUCCUCACUUCUUCCCGGACGGGGCGGCCGGGCAGAGGCGCUCCUCACUUCCCAGACGGUGGGUGGCCGGGCAGAGGCGCUCCUCACUUCCCAGACGGGUCGGCCAGGCAGAGGCGCUCCUCACUUCCCAGACGGGGCGGCCGGGCAGAGGCGCUCCUCACCUCCCAGACGAUGGGUGGCCGGGCAGAGGCGCUCCUCACCUCCCAGACGAUGGGUGGCCGGGCAGAGGCACUCCUCACCUCCCAGACGAUGGGUGGCCGGGCAGAGGUGCUCCUCACUUCUUCCCGGAUGGGGCGGCCGGGCAGAGGCACUCCUCACUUCCCAGACGGGGCGGCCAGGCAGAGGCGCUCCUCACUUCCCAGACGAUGGGUGGUCGGGCAGAGGCGCUCCUCACUUCCCAGAUGGUGGGUGGCCGGGCAGAGGGGCUCCUCACUUCCCAGACGGGGCGGCCGGGCAGAGGUGCUCCUCACUUCUUCCCGGACGGGGUGGCCGGGCAGAGGCGCUCCUCACUUCCUCCCGGACGGGGAGGCCGGGCAGAGGCGCUCCUCGCUUCCUCCCGGACGGGGCGGCCGGGCAGAGGCGCUCCUCGCUUCCUCCCGGACGGGGCGGCCGGGCAGAGGCGCUCCUCACUUCCUCCCGGUCGGGGCGGCCGGGCAGAGGCGCUCCUCACUUCCUCCCGGACGGGGCGGCCAGGCAGAGGCGCUCCUCACUUCCCAGACGAUGGGUGGCCGGGCAGAGGCGCUCCUCACUUCUUCCCGGACGGGGAGGCCGGGCAGAGGCGCUCCUCACUUCUUCCCGGACGGGGUGGCCGGGCAGAGGCGCUCCUCACUUCUUCCCGGAUGGGGCGGCCGGGCAGAGGCGCUCCUCACUUCCCAGACGGUGGGUGGUCGGGCAGAGGCGCUCCUCACUUCCCAGACGGUGGAUGGCCGGGCAGAGGGCCUCCUCACUUUCCAGACGGGGCGGCCGGGCAGAGGCGCUCCUCACUUCCCAGACAGGGCGGCCGGGCCGAGGCACUCCUCACCUCCCAGACGAUGGGUGGCCGGGCAGAGGCGCUCCUCACCUCCCAGACGAUGGGUAGCCGGGCAGAGGUGCUCCUCACUUCCCAGACGGGGCGGCCGGGCAGAGGCGCUCCUCACUUCUUCCCGGACGGGGCGGCCGGGCAGAGGCGCUCCUCACUUCUUCCCGGACGGGGCGGCCAGGCAGAGGCGCUAUUCACUUCUUCCCGGACGGGGCGGCCGGGCAGAGGCGCUCCUCACUUCUUCCCGGACGGGGCGGCCGGGCAGAGGCGCUCCUCACUUCCCAGACGGGGCGGCCGGGCAGAGGCGCUCCUCACCUCCCAGACGGGGCGGCCCGGCAGAGGCGCUCCUCACCUCCCAGACGGGGCGGCCCGGCAGAGGCGCUCCUCACCUCCCAGACGAUGGGUGGCCGGGCAGAGGCGCUCCUCACCUCCCAGACGAUGGGUGGCCGGGCAGAGGCGCUCCUCACCUCCCAGACGAUGGGUGGCCGGGCAGAGGCACUCCUCACUUCUUCCCAGAUGGGGCGGCCGGGCAGAGGCGCUCCUCACUUCCCAGACGGGGCGGCCGGGCAGAGGCGCUCCUCACUUCCCAGACGAUGGGUGGCCGGGCCGAGGCGCUCCUCACUUCCCAGACGAUGGGUGGCCGGGCAGAGGCGCUCCUCACUUCCCAGAUGGGGCGGCCGGGCAGAGGCGCUCCUCACUUCCUCCCGGACGGGGCGGCCGGGCAGAGGCGCUCCUCACUUCCUCCCGGACGGGGCGGCCGGGCAGAGGCGCUCCUCACUUCUUCCCGGACGGGGCGGCCGGGCAGAGGCGCUCCUCACUUCCUCCCGGACGGGGUGGCCGGGCAGAGGCGCUCCUCACUUCCCAGACGAUGGGUGGCCGGGCAGAGGCGUUCCUCACUUCCCAGACGGGGCGGCUGGGCAGAGGCGCUCCUCACUUCCCAGACGAUGGGUGGCCGGGCAGAGUCGCUCCUCACUUCCCAGACGAUGGGUGGCCGGGCAGAGGCGCUCCUCACUUCCCAGACGGGGUGGCCGGGCAGAGGCGCUCCUCACUUCCCAGACGAUGGGUGGCCGGGCAGAGGCGCUCCUCACCUCCCAGACAGGGUGGCCGGGCAGAGGCGCUCCUCACUUCCCAGACAGGGUGGCCAGGCAGAGACGCUCCCCACCUCCCAGACGGGGCGGCGGCCGGGCAGGGGCUGCAAUCCCAGCACUCUGGUAGGCCAAGGCAGGCGGCUGGGAGGCGGAGGCUGCCGCGAGGCCAGACCACGCCACCGCACUCCAGCCCGGGUAACACCGAGCACCGGGUGAGCGAGACUCCGUCUGCAGUCCCAGUACCUCGGGAGGCCGAGGCGGGCAGAGCACCCGGCGCCAGGAGCCGGCGACCAGCGCGGCCAAGAUGGCGAACGCGUGCCUGCAGCCAAAGGAGAAAAAGCAGGCAGCGGUGGCGUGCGCCGGCAGUCACAGAUGCCACAACUGAAAAGCAGAACAAAAACACUUGGAUCAUAGGCUAACUCCUA